CAGAAUAAAACAAAGUACAGUCACUUGGGCUUGCCCAAUUACAGUUUUUUUGUUUUGAACCAGCGUUGAUCAAAAAAACAAGUUCUGUUUCCAUUUUCAAAACCUUUUUAGAUCAAACACCAAAACCCUAACAAACCAACAAAAGAAAAAUCAGCAAAGGGUUUCUGGUUAGUUUGAACAAAAGUCUGAUCACAGAACGAGAAGAUGAGCAGUGGCGGAGGAGCUGGCAAACCCAAAGAGGAGGAGCAAGAUGGCAUGUCUGUACACUCUCCUUGCAAGCCUCAUCCUUCUUCUGCUUCCUCUCUCCCCAAGGAUCAAGCUCAGGUUGAAUUGGAGCUCCAAUUGUUGGAAGCUCUUGAAAUUUAUCCUCCAAUGAAACUACAAGGAAUACAUCGCCACUUUGUCCUUUAUGGUCUGAUGGAUUUUCUCAGGAGGAGAUUUGACAGACACUUCUCUUCUGAGGAGGUUCUUCAACUGCUGGAUCGGUUCUACAACUUAGAAAUGCUGAAAACAGAUGAUGAAGAGAUCGAAUCGCUUAAUCAUGAAGAAGAUUUCUGCUUGCCUGAGAGUUACUUUGUCAAGGAAGAGCCAUGAACAGAAAUUUUUGAACCAUUGCUCCACCGUUUGAUGUGUAAAGCUGGUUAUUCCAAUCUCCCAUUUCCCUCACCCCGCGUUUUGGAUUACAUUAUGUUUUGGUGGUGUUUCUUUUCUCCUUUAUCUCCUAGGUUAUGGUAGUUUUAAUAUCUCGUAUAUAUCUCAUGUUUGGUGGAAGUUUUAAAUAUUCUGCCCGGGUUUGAUAGCCUCAGUUUGGGCUACAUCAUAUUGUACUUAACUGCUCUUAUUUUGAAAUAAUGCAUCUAUAUUUAUGUUGUUAA